AUGGAAGAAGUGGAAACAUUAAAUAUUCAAUUUAGUUCCAAUAUUAAAAGUCAUGAUACACAAUCGAAAUCUAUAUCUUCAGAUUUUAACAAUAAUUCUCGAUCUCCUUUCAAAUCUAUAAAUUCGUCGUAUGCUGCCUCAUCUAGCAGUUAUUCAAGAUUAUCAACUCCUAAACUUCAAACCUUUAUUGAAAAUCAUAAUACAAAUUCUUCUUGUUCGCCGGUUGAUUCACGACACUCUACUCCUUCUUGGCCUGUCGAAAUAAAUUCAAAUAUUUCUAUACGCUCUGAACGACGAGAAUUCAACCAGGCAAAAAUCAUUAAAUCGAAUAGGAAAAACAAUGGGAAUCAUCGUAGGACGAGCGAAGAACAAUCGCAAAAUGACGAAGAAACAACUAAGGAUCAAGAAGUUGAAAAGAUUAUUAUGGCGAUAAAUCACAAACAACGUAAACUGGGAUGUGCUUAUUACAAUUCGGAAACUUGCAAAUUAUAUCUUAUGGAAGACAUGGAAGAAUCCCCGCCAUACGAUUUAUUAAAUUUAUUACGAUAUCAAAUUCAACCUUCGGUUAUCAUAACUAAUUCUUGUGCGGAUGAUGAUUUUGUCGAAGUUCUAAAAACGCAAGAUGAUUCUAUUCCCUUUGAAACUGAUCUCGUUAUUCGACCUAGCGCUGAAUUCUUCUAUGUUUCAGCAAAGUCGAAAUUAUUAUCGAUUCGUUUUGGCGUCCAAAACCAUGUGAAUUCAAUUCUUGAAUCCGAUAAGAGAGAGAUGUACCUUAAAUUGGCAAGUAUUUUAAAUAUGGAAAGUGUUGAAACAAUAUGCUGUGCUGGGGCGCUAAUAGGUUAUAUUUCAAGAACCAACAUAUCAGGUGGAUUACAAGAAGUAGAAGUCUCAGGAAUUGAGCAAUUCUCUUUCUCGCUUCAAAUCUUUGAAGAUGAAUCGCAUCCAAACAUGCAUAUGCAAGUGAAGGGCAAAGAAGGAUUAUCUCUUUUUGGCAUCCUCAAUAAUACACGGACUUCACUUGGAAAGAAACUGUUUAAGCAAUGGUUUCUGAGACCAACUCUUGAUCUAACUGUCAUUGACGAAAGACAGCAUACUAUCGAAUGUUUUUUACGACCAGGCAAUUUGGAAUAUGCAGAACAAUUGGUUUCUUGUCUUAAAAAUAUAAAGAAUAUUCCAAAAAUUAUAGAUAAUAUGAAAAGGAAUGUUAAUAUCAAAGAUUGGCAAUCCUUGUUACAGUUUGCCUUUUAUUGCCUAAAAAUACGUGAUAUCGUACGUGAAUCAAAUCAAAGCGAAAAUAUACCAAUAUUUACAAAGAUUAAAGAAACAUUCAUAGUAUCCGAAUUGAAAGACAUUGGAUCAUAUAUAAAUGAUGUGAUUGAUUUCGAUGAGAGUAUCAAAGAAAAUAGGAUAGUAAUCAAACCACAUAUCGACGAGCUACUUGAUGAUAAAAAAAGAGUUUACGACGGAUUGGAUGAUUUUUUGUCUGAAGUUGCACGCGAAAUUAGCACAACUAUACCCAUUGAAUUUUCAUCCACGCUGAAUGUAAUAUAUUUCCCACAAUUGGGAUAUCUCGUUACAGUCCCAUUGAAACCCGAAUGGAAAGAAGAAGAAGAUUUUAAAAUUAAUGGAUUAACUUAUCAAUUCUGUACGGCUACAACCGUCUAUUACAAAAAUAAGAGAACGGAAGAACUCGACGAUUUUUUGGGAGAUAUACAUAUACAUAUUGUUGGUCGAGAAAUUGAAAUAAUGCAAAAGCUUCAAGAUCAUACAUUAGAAUAUGCCCCAUUAUUAUUGAACGCUACAGCAGUUUGUGCAGAGCUUGACUGUUUACUUUCGCUAACGGAAUGUGCAAGAAAAUACAAAUAUCGUCGACCUCAUGUAGUGAAUGAGAAUAUUCUAGAGAUCGAGAAAGGAAGGCAUCCUUUACAAGAACUUUGUGUCGAUGUUUUUGUAGCCAAUGACACAAAAAUUGCUGGAGGAAAUGGUAUUAUAAAUGAAGAUGAUUAUAUGACAGAUGAUACUACGACGAACUCUGAAAAAGUCGCACAUAAAAGCGUGAUGCUACUUAGUGGUGCUAAUUUCUCUGGUAAAAGUGUAUAUUUGAAACAAGUUGCGUUAAUAACUUAUAUGGCACAUAUUGGAAGUUUCGUACCAGCAGAUUCAGCUACUAUUGGUUUAACUGACAAAAUUUUUACUCGCGUUCAGACAAGAGAAACUGUAUCCAAGAUUCAAAGCGCGUUUAUGAUAGACUUGCAACAAAUAUCAAUCGCACUUCGUAAUUCAACAUCAAGGUCAUUGUUGAUAUUCGAUGAAUUUGGAAAAGGAACAGGUUCGACAGAUGGAGCGGGUUUGUUUUGUGGAGUAAUAGAACAUUUAUUAAGUCUUGGAAGAGAUUGUCCGAAAGUUAUUGCCGCAACGCAUUUUCAUGAAAUAUUUGAAAAUAAUCUCCUCCCUCAAACCUUACCUAUUUCAUUGAAUACUAUGGAAAUCAUGAAAGAUGAUGAGCAAGAAGAAUUAACAUUCCUAUACCGUCUUGUGCCAGGCCGCAGCAUUUCUUCUUGGGGAACAUUUUGUGCAACUCUUGCAGGAGUACCUUCUCAUGUAGUUAAAAGAGCUUCAUAUUUAUCACAACUUUUUGCCCGAUACGAAUCUAUUCCACCACCUUUCGGUGAUGAUCGCGAACGUCGGGAAUAUGCUACUUGCGAACAAGUGGCAAGAAAAUUUGUCCAACUCGAUUUCGAUGGUCAAGAUUCAAAUAUCGAAAGCUUUUUAAAAUGGGUGGAUAGUGAAUGUGAAUAA